CUGUGUUUACUUCCGGAUUUCCUGUAUAUGGCAGAGCUUGAAAACAGCCAGUCCGGUUGCCCUACAAGCUGAGAGCAAGAGCCCCGGUCCCGGUACCGACCCGACAGCGAGCCCGGUGCAGCGCGAUGCUCUGCUGAGCGGACAGCCGCCAUUCCCCGGCGAGCAGCGGCGCGGAGAUUAGCGCAGAUUUACGCCAGAAACUCUCCUUCGCCAAACGUCAAAGUCAAUGCGGUGCUCGACCGGAGCGCUGGAGCUCAUCCACCGGCCCCGCCGUCCGCUCUCCGCCGCCAGACACUAACGCGCUUACCGUUCGCCGAGCUCCAGAACCGGGGAUUAGUCGCCGCAGAAAGCCGCGGAGCCGCACUGCUAGCUCGGGCUACCCGGAGGACAAGCGGCCACCGCAGCCCCGCUUCCCGUCAUCAUGGAGUGGUUCAUGAAGGGCAAAGGGAAGCCUAAUGGAAAGAAGCCGCCGACCGAGGAGAAGAAGCAUUAUUUGGACGCCGAAUACACCAAAGUACGGGUGGUGGACUUUGAGCUGAAGGAGCUGGUGGUUCUGCCCAGAGAAAUCGACCUUAAUGAGUGGCUCGCAAGCAACACCACGACGUUCUUUAAUCUGAUCAACCUGCAGUACAGCACCAUCUCUGAGUUCUGCACAGGAGACACGUGUCCAGCCAUGAGCGCCUACAGCACGACGUAUUUCUGGUAUGAUGAGAAAGGGAAGAAGACGAAGUGCACAGCGCCGCAGUAUGUGGAUUUCGUCAUGAGUUCAGUGCAGAAGCUGGUGACGGAUGAGGACAUCUUUCCUACUAAAUAUGGUAAGGAGUUCCCCAACACCUUCGACUCUCUGGUGAAGAAGAUCUGCAGGUAUCUCUUCCACGUUCUGGCUCACAUCUACUGGUCGCACUAUAAGGAGACGGUGGCCAUGGACCUGCACGGACACCUAAACACACUCUACACGCAUUUCAUAGUUUUUAUAAGGGAAUUCAAUCUGAUGGACCCCAAGGAGACCUCAAUAAUGGACGACCUGACGGAGGCGCUGUGCACACCUCUGCCGCCACAGAACCACGUGACGGAGAGAUGAGGCCCCGGGGCCCGAACGCACAGCUGACCCCCGGGUUCAGACGAACUACAGCGUCCCAAACCCCCCCAACCCUCACCCUUACACAAACAUGUCAUUAGAACCCAGUAAAGGAGCGCUGGAAGAGCUCGUGUUGGCCCUUUCACCAAGAGUCGUCUUCUAAUUCCUCCUGUUUUCACGUUUUUCUUUGUGGCUAAUUUGGCGACGCAUUCGAGCAGCACUUUCCCCUCCUCUCUUGGUUUCAUAAGGGUCGGUAUCAAGGAUUCUUUUUAUUUUUUAUAGGGUAAAAGGGUGUGUGUGCGUGCGUGCGUGCGUGUGCGCGCAAUAAAUGCCUGUGUGCGUGUGUGUAUAUAUAUGUGUGCGCGCAUGUAUAUAUGUGUGCAUGCAUGUGUGUGUGUGUGUAUAUAUAUAUAUAUAUAUUCA